GAGUCUGCUAGCAAAACCUCACAUUACUGCACAUUUUACUUCAUUAUUUAUAUCAAGCAGUGUUGUUCCAAAGGAGGGCUGCAUAUUGCGGAAUAUCAUGUCAGAUACGGAGACCAAGCCCUCAAGUGAUGGAGGCGAGAAGAAGGAUGGAGAAUAUAUUAAACUGAAAGUGAUCGGUCAGGACAACAGUGAAAUUCACUUCAAAGUGAAGAUGACGACACAUUUAAAGAAGCUGAAGGAAUCCUACAGUCAGAGACAGGGUGUACCCAUGAACUCUCUAAGGUUUCUUUUUGAGGGACAGAGAAUUGCAGACAACCAGACCCCCAAAGAGCUGGGAAUGGAAGAUGAGGACGUGAUCGAGGUGUAUCAGGAACAGACCGGUGGCUGUCGGAAUGACUAGACCUCUAUUUUUCAUGCUCUUUAUUUUUAUCAUAAUUUUGUAUGUAUGACAUGUAUUUCAUCUGUUUCCUUUUGCUGUUACCUCAAAGGGAAGCAGAAAAAAACCAUCUGGAUCAAAUAGAUAAUCUGGUAGGACUGCUGAGUUUGAAAGAGUUGGGGUGGGAAAUGUUCUUCCCCUCUGCGUUUGCGCUAACCAAUCCCUGCCUUCAUGCGCCUCUUUUAAAGGAUUCUGGUCACGGUUUCCAUUGACACAUGUUUACAUGUUGUGUUGUGCCCUGAGCUGAUUGAAAACAGUCUUGCUUAUCCAUAAAGCAAUGCUAAAACCUUUACAUUAUGCUGUUAAAUCCAAUCAACAAAUCAAGACAAAUUUUUGAUGGCAGCUUUGGUGUUCCUGUUGCUCACUUCUGUUUAUGUAUUUGGCCAUCGUUAAGAGUUCUGUUUCAUUGUUUUUGAACAUCUCCAAAACUGACUCGUUUAAUGCUAGUGAACAUGCAUACAUGCCAUUAGGAAACCUUUCCAUUCUGAGAUGUUCAGAGGUGGUUUAUUUGUGCAGUUGUCGUCUGAUGUUAGAAAAGUGUCAAAUGUUUCUUCCCUUUUCUUGCAUGUGUCUUACGGGAUAUUGCAAGAGGGAGGUCACUGUGUUGUUGUAAAGGACAGGUAGGGUUUUGUUUUGCAUGGUUUUGUCUAAUGUAUAAGAAUUUGUGCUGCCCCUGUUUGAAUCUGUGCUGUCACCUUCUAUUCUGCCGUGUCUUGAAUAUUUGGCUCCCUUUUAACCUCAAUAAUGGAUUUCAAAGCCUGGAAAUAAUGGGUAACCGUGUUGUUUGAUUAGAACUCAGGGGCAUCAUUUACAUACACACAAUAAAUACGGCCACAGUGUCACUGUACUCAUGUUUCGUUUCCUACAAUUUUAUAUUUUUUUAAUGCUAUGAGAGAGGCGAGGGUGUUUGGUCCAGAUGGUUUUGUGGAUAUAGAAGAAUUAUGACUUUGCUUUUGUCUUGUUUUUUUUUUUUAAAUAAAUAAAAUGUGUCAUAAAACA